AUGGAGCCCCCCAAGAUACCUACAGGGGGGACCUCUUUGAACGCCACCACCCCUUCUUCAUCCGCAAAGCAUGGAGACACCACCACCCCCGUCGUCGUCGUCGUCGUUACAAACGCAACGGCCUCGCGGGCACCAACGCUGGCUCCGGACUUGACUGCCACCAACGCCACCUCUUCGCAGGGGUUGGCUCCGAAAGACCCCACCUCCGCCAGCCGACCGUCCACGUUGACCCUUUCUCCCCCCUCGCCGUCCUCCGCAAAGCCGGUCGGGUCCACAGCAAAAAGUCCGGGGGCUCCGUUCAUUCUUACGAAAACUUCCACUGCGCCUGGAGUUGUCAGCGAUCCUACAACCUUAGCAGCUGCUACCACUGGAAAAAGCGGAACCACAAGCAAAGAUAAAGCAUCGGCGUUGCCCACCUCGCCAAACACGCUGCUGGCGAGCACCGUGCCCAAAACUGCAGGGGCUCCCAGGAGCUCCACUCUUCCGUUCUCAACUAGCCAGUCUUUAACUUACCCAGAACGGAAGGCGACGCCUUUGACUUUGUCCAUGGGAACCACCAUUCCUCAGCAGCCCGACGUCCCGUCUCCGACCAGCAGGGGGAACCUGACUUCGGUGGGAGGCCAGGCUAAGAACAGCUUGGAGGGAAGCCCACUGAAAGAGGCUCUUGUGGAGGUGAUUUGCAAAGCCUUGAAGGCCAACUACGACCAGAAUCAGGAUGACUGUACAAUAUGGCUAGCUUCAGACCGAGAGGACCUCAAGAGGGUGGCUGUGGUCAAAGCAUCUGUGGAAACCCACUCUGUGGAUGAGAAAUUAUCCGAAGCUCUGGCUACAAAGAGGGCAGAACUGGAGAAGCUCGGCGUUAACAACAUCACCUAUGGGGGCCAGGUCCUGGACGCCGAGUUCAAGGAUCAUCUGAGCCUUCCUCUGAUUAUCACCAUCAUCUGCAUGGCGGCUUCUCUACUCCUGGUAGCUGCCAUCUACGGCUGCUGUCACCAACGUAUUUCUCACAGAAAGGACCAGCAGCGCCUGACGGAGGAGCUGCACACCAUUGAGAACGGCUACCACGACAACCCCACCUUGGAAGUGAUGGAGACCUUCUCCGACAUGCAGGAAAAGAAGGUGAACUUGAACGGGGAGCUGGGAGACAGCUGGAUUGUGCCCAUGGACAGCCUGACCAAGGAGGAUCUGGACGAGGAAGAAGACACCCAUUUAUAA